CGCGUCAGUUAGCUCCUAGACGUUUUGUGUGUUGGACGUCUGUCAGUGUCGCGGAAAAUCGUCGUAACUUUCGUAAAAAAAACAUAGUAAUUACUUUUUUCGUAUUUUUGCGAAAGUGUUACAAGUGAUUGACGGAGUGUGAAAACAAUUGUUGUGUUGUGAUUGUUAUCGUAUUUUCUGAGUUUCGGAUUUACUGAAGUGCAUUUUGGAAUGUUGCAAACUUCUCAAGUAUAAUACUGCCGCGGAUUUAUUGCGAAGUGAGCGGUAUUUUAACGAUAAGUGAAACAGUGAAGUGCAGUGACGGUGAUUUCGAAGUGAUGUUGUGUUAGUUCACGAUGUCGACACGGUGGCGCUGCGAUCGCUCGUGACGUCAGAGUCCAAGAUGGCGGACUCCAGUCCCGCCACCUCCAUCAUCGAGGGAACUGUGAAAUUCCGGGAUGGAAAGAAGUGGAAGUCGCGAUGGUGUGUCAUGCGGAAGCUAUCUCCAGUAGCAGAUUGCGUGCACAUCCAGCUAUACAAAGACUUGAAAGAGAGACAGAAGAACGGGCAGACGAAGGCGUCCCUCUCCCUCCAACAGUUCCUUGGCUUCGAGUCCGGCUUUACCCUGGACAAGGAGUCGAAUACGUUGGCUAUCCUGUGUGAAGACGUGGUGCCUGUGCUGGCUUUUGACACCAGGGAGAUAUUGAUACAGUGGAAAGUGAAGGUCCAACACAACCUCGGCAGCAGCAAGGAGUUCGCGGCAGUCAUCAUAUCAUCACCAUCGGCAAACGGCAUCAGGGCGGGUCCCGUGAGGCUGCACGCGUGUGGACCACGCCUGGCUUUGUGCGCGUCCAGACCCCCUGAGGUCUUGGCGUUGUGGGAUGUCAAACUGCUCAGACGCUAUGGCAUGGUCGACAAGCGGUUCUGCGUGGAAGGUGGCUCCCGCUGCGGCAAGGGCGAAGGCCUAUUCGUGUUCGCGGCGGAGGGGGGCAGGGAGCUCACCGACCUUCUAAACGUGUACAGCCACGAUGCCCAGUCCAGGCUCAGCAUAGCUUCCAGGAGUGGUUCUGUCCUCGAAAAACGUUUCUCCGACACGAGUUCCUGUAUGGAUGACUGUUUCCACUCGUCCAUGAGGUCCGUGUCUCCGUCCUGGGCCGGCCCCGCGAGCCAGACCAUGCACUGCCUCUCAGACCUGGACGCAAGCCUGGACAGCAACGGAGAAGAGAAGUUCAGGAGACCCACGUCACUUCCUAGGUGUUCAAGUUGCAUUGGCAAAAUCAGUCAUUUGACUAGAUCGUCGACCUGUCACACGCCUGGAUCAAUCAUGUCCCCAGUUUGGACAAUGGACAACAUAAUGGAGAAGCGAUCGGACUCAGACAGAGCCUCGAUAUACUCCAGAUCAAGUGGCAGUGCUUCCGAAUACAGUGUCCCAAGGAGUUCUUGCGUUUUGGACAAGAGUUUCGACUCCAAAAGAGCAAGCCCAGUAGCGUGCUGUACGCCCACGAUUCCUGUGAAAACUGGGGCAGCCUGUCAAUGUUGGCAGCAACCAAAACCUUGCUGUUGUAGGAAGAAGCCUUUCAGCGGACCGUAUGAGAAUUACGACGUCCCGAAGACACCGAUGCCGCUAAUACAGGAGCAUCCUGUCGAUAGCAACAAUCCUGCAAGCCUUUAUGAUACACCAAAGAAACUGAAAUGUCUUCUAAAUGGUCAAUCAUGUAAUUGUUCACAUUUGACCGAAGCCAAAACUGAAGACAACCAAACAAUUGAAAAUAACAAUGCAUGUGAUACUAGUGUUAAUAAUAAUGAUGUUACUGUAGAAUCACAUUCAAAUUAUGUUAAUGUUACCCCUAUUACCAAAAAACCACAAGUAGAUUACGGGAAUUAUGCUAAUGUAGAUAUCUCGACUACACUGGAAAAGUUCGAGAGUUCUAUGCAAAUUUUAAGGAGUGCAGGGUUCAGUCAAGAGGAGCUAGAUGCUUUAGAAGAUAUCCCUGAACACGAUGAUGACAUUUCCACAGCAACGACAAAUACAGUUCAUCCUUCGACGGAGUGCUGUAAUGACCACACGAACUAUAUGCAAAUGGAUCCUUUAGAAACUAGCAGUUCGAGUAAUAGCAACAAGAAUUACUCCGACAAUGUUAGUCGAAUAAGUCACGUGUCAGAUCCAACGCAACAUUCAGACACAAUCAGUACAAUUAGUACGAGGAGAUCCAGUUCAGCUGAUUUUACCAAAAGACACGAUGACGACUUCGGUAUUCAUAAUCAAAUAUGUUUAACGCCGACUGUGCUCAGGAAAGCACCUAAAAGUGAAAGGAUAAACGAAGGAAACCUAUUUAAACCUUUAGAAAUUAUCGAGCCAUCGGAUAAGGCAUUCAAAGUCCCCGAAUCGAAGAGCGAGAACAUCUUUAUCACUCGAUUUCGCGACGCAGUCAAAAUUAGGCGAUCUUCGAGUGUGCCGAGUAAAUCCGAUAAGAAUCGGGACUCUUCAAGUUCCAACGACUCCGGGGUGUCGACUGGAUCACUGAAACACCACAAGGGUGACUUCACAGACUUCGAAAUGCCGAUAACGAACGCAAAAUCGACGAAGAAACAUAUGAAGUGCAAUAAACAAAUGAGGAAGUCAAUGACACCAGUACAUAUGAAUUUUUCCAAUUCGUCUGAUCCUUUGAAGAAUCUGACGUUCCAUUUCGAAGAGGUGACGGCAUUGGCCAAAUCCAAUUCGUGUGACGUCGAUACAUUGACGAGGCGGAAGAAGAAUCAUUUGGAAGCAGACAUCACCGCUCGUCACAGCCACCUCACCAACAAGAGCACCUCCAGCGGAGCCUCUGACACGUCUGACUACAUGGAGUCCCUGUCAGUGUCUUCGUUCAGCUCGUGCGACGUGUCCGCAGACCGCCACGCCGCCCGGCCCAGGUCGGGGAAGGAGUACGCCAGCAUUGACCGAGCGGCCUUGGCUAGUGUCUGCGAUGUUGGGAAUUGAUAAGUCUUGAUGUCUUCGAAGAAAUUUUGCCGAAUUCUGCUAGUUAUGUCAGGGAGAAGAGACAAGUAGAUGUAACGAUAGAAAUGAAGGGUAUCAGUGAAGUUGUUAAUGAAAAACGGCUGCCUUAAAAUGGCUUAAGUUUUAACUUCAUGUCGCGAGGGAAAAUGUUAGAUUAUACGCAAACUGUAUAAGAAAGAGGACUUUAAGUACUAUAUAGUAGAGUUGUAUUUUACUUUUUCUCUGAAUAAAAACAAGGCAGAUAUAAACAUGGCAAGAUUCAAAGAUGAUAUUUAAAUAAUAUUGUAAAAUUCAUUCAAUAUAAAAAAAAAGAUCUUAUUAUGAAUGCGAUAAUAAUUGAAAUAUCAAAAUGGUCCGAAAUAUAGUAAAGUCGAAAAUCAAGAAUUGAUAAAUGUCUUCAUUGUUCUCAGUUUUACGACGUUAACCACUUGGUUUCUAUUUAAACCAUUGAUAUAAACUACUCGUAUCAAAAAUCCACUGUUUUUACUCACAAUGUUUACUGAGAAUUUUUCCAUUACAGUGUUUGGUUUUUGCCGUUAGAAAAAUUCCUAUGUGAUGUUUGCACAAAUGUUAUAUUGGUUUUUAUCAUACGCGAUGGAAUACGUACUUUAUGUAUGUCAAAUUUAUUGCUAAAAAAGCGAAAAUGGUAAGCCGUCUUAAAAAAAUAUGAAACUGUUUUAAAGUUUACUAUAAAAAAAUAACAGUGCUCUAAUAUGUUACGACUUUCUCUGAAACAGAUGAUAAUUUACUAUUUAUAAAUACUACAGGUAUUUAACGCGUACGUAAUGUACCUUUAUUUUAUCUGGUACGUAGAAUCGUGUUACAGUCAGUCGCUCGGUGACCACAGAUCAUUGUAAAAUGAUUCGAAAUGUCCGAAAUAAAAAAGGUUCGUUACGUGCGCAUUUUAACCCCUAAACUUUCACAGUGUAUUUAUUAUAAAUAGGAAAUACUAUGUGAAAAAAUUAGUAAUUACAAGAUAAUUACAUGUCCCGACUUGUCCAUAUGUGUAAAUAUAUUAUGUACAUAUUUUUAAGUACAUAACAGCACGAAUACUUACUGUUGUUCCUAUGUACAUAGAUAAAAAAGACUAGAUAUGCUAAGAAAUAUGUAGACUAAACGAAUUUAGUAUUUUAGUAGUGUGCCAAAAAUAUUGUAGCUGGCUUUACAAUAAAGGGUUUUGGGUAUAUAUGAAUAAGGUGUGAAAUAUAUUUAAAGCUCCUAUUUUUAAUACAUUUCUGAAACGUGUCAUUUUCUAACGAAAUUUCUAAAUGGUGUUCAAUAUUUUGGUUACACGGUCGUUUGUAAUUUCAUGAAAUGAAAUGACUUUUAAGUAAUUUAAUAUGUUAAAUAUAAGAUUAAAUAUGAAUAAAAUAACUUUUUUAAAUGUGUAACAUUAAAAUUGAAAAUCUUCGGAUAAUGUCUAAAUAUAACAUUACAAAUUAUAGUAAGUAUAGGUACUUAAAUUAUUUGUGCCUUUUUGUAAAAUAUGUUAAUUUUAGUGUUUCAUUUGUAUGGGUUACCUUGUCUUUUCGUAUUUUGUAGUUUACUAUAAAAAAAUACUUAAGUAUAAGUAAUGUUUACUGAGGAUUUUUUUUGUCAUAUGUACGUUUAAAUAAUAUUGCAUAUUUAUAUGUAAAAUGUAAGGAUUGAACAUAGUUUUGAAGCAUGUAUAUCUAUUUGCAAUCAAUAAGCAAUAGUUACCUUCCAGUAAAGAACUUUAUAUUCAUGUUUGUAACAAUUUUACUGUACAGAACAUUUUGUAAUUAAAAUUAGUCCGUCAUUCAGACUCGGUCCUGCCAUACAUAACCUAUAAAAUGUACAGAAUAAAUAACUAUUGUAAUCUUGCGUAUUUACUGAAAUAUUUCUUUUUUUUUUAUUCAAUCAUGUUCAUUUAGUUUUUUUUUUUUGUUGUCAAUUUCUUGCUAUUUAUCAAUGCUAUUGAAAAGGCAAAUUAUACAAGCUAAAUGAAAAUGAUUGAUUUAUUUUGUUAGGUCAAUAAAAAAUUAACAUAUUUAUGGUUUAUAAAUACGGUAGGAGACAAAGUUGAGUUAAAAUAAAUAACCAGUAAAAGACAAAACAUGUCAGACAAUUUUGAUUAAAAAUUGUGUAGGUUUCGACAAAAUUAAUUAAUUACAAAAAUAAGGCAUACCAACCUAAUAUAUGAAUUUAAAAUUAAAUACAAUUUUCUGAUUGAAACUGCUAUGUAGAAUUACUACACCAUUGAAUUAUUUGUUUGCGGUAAACUAGAAAAUAUUAAAAAAAAAUACAUAAUAUUACAAACAUACUUACCCAAUUUUGUCUCUUGAAAAUUAAGUGCUGUUGGUUUUUCGUCUAGUCAGCGGUAGGCGGUGACCACACCUUAUUUUUUCAGUUCAACAAACAAAUAAAUAUAUAUUCCAAGUUUUAAGCCAGUAACACAACUUUGCAGUUACAGUAUACGUUUUUAUUUUUUAAAUCGACUCACGAUAUAAUAAUAUUAAAAUGUUGUUUUGAUUUGACAAAAACUUUAACAUUCCUCGAAAUUGUAUUAACUUGCAAAAAAAAACAAUGUUUUCUUUUCAUAAAAACUUCAAGGCGGGUAACCUGUAUUUUUCCCCCAAUGUAACUUAUCGUCACAUAUCGAUAUCGAUAUUAUUUUAUCGAUAUUUAAUCGUGGUCGCCGUCGUUUGGUUUUGGUAUCGCACAUGUGGAUUGUAUGCACAUAAAGUACUUUUAAAAAAUCUAUUUUCUUACGAAUAUUUUCUUAUGUUGCGAUAAUUAUAUUAUACAUUGUACUUAUUUAACUCUUUGUAAUAUUACAUUGCAACUCUGAAAAUGAAAUAUAGUGCAUUUCAAGUAAACUUUUGUAAUUUUCUUU